CUCACAUCCCAGGCAGCAUGAGCCAGGAGGGAGACAGCUAGCCCAGGCGGUUGUGCUUAGAGAGGGAUUCUUUGCCAAACCCAUGCGCUCCAUCUUAGAGGAUGGCAUGCUGUACUGGGAGAUGCACCUUAAUUCUACUCUGCACCCUUCAGCUGGUAGCUGCACUUGAGCGCCAAGUUUUUGAUUUUCUUGGCUACCAAUGGGGUCCUAUUUUGGCCAACUUUCUACACAUCGUUGUCACCAUCCUAGGCUUGUUUGGGACUCUGCAGUACAGACCCCGUUAUGUUAUUGCUUAUACCAUAUGGGCCGCCAUCUGGGUGACAUGGAACGUUUUCCUUAUCUGCUUCUACCUGGAAGUAGGAGAUUUGAAUAAGGAGAGUGAUCUCCUCUCAUUCCACGUGUCCCAGCACCAGUCCUGGUGGAGUGAACAUGGGCCUGGUUGUGUGAGGAAGGAAGCCCCCGUGGCUGGAGUGGCUGGACUGGAGAGCCACUCCUAUGUUUCUGUAAUCGGCUGCUCAGUCGAGUACCAGUACAUCGAGGUGAUGCAUAGUGCCCUGCAGAUUCUGCUGGCGCUCCUGGGAUUUGUGUAUGCCUGCUAUGUCACCAGUGUCUUCACAGAAGAAGAGGACAGCUUUGAUUUCAUUGGUGGAUUUGACCCAUUCCCUCUGUACCAUGUCAAUGAAAAGUCCAACCACCUGCUAGUCAAACAGACUUCCCUGCCGGCGUAAGUGACCAAUGCCGUAAACGAGGAAGAGGAUUCCUUCUGCCGAUGUCCAUGGACCCACAGCAAUAAUUAAUCUUUACAGCAAUUGUGUUAAAGUAUGGGUUACAAGUAGCACCAAAGAUCUGUGCCCAUAUCAACAAGCAUCUGUGCCACUCCCAGCAAAGAUACUGUGUCCUGCCUUUAGUUCGAAUUCCACCAUAAAGUGUGACCAACUGAAGGUGACCGCCAAAACCGGUUUGUUGUGAUCUACUUCACCAGACCUGUUUUUAGUGUUAAUACAAUCGCUGGGCUCCAGGCCCUUACUGCAGAGGAGUGGGACGUUAGAAGUUAAAUGUAGUGACAUAAGUAGCAGCAACAGCAAGUGGAGCAGUGCAACCUUACAUCGAUCUAUGGCUGAAUGGCCCAGUUCCCUACAGAGAACCAAGGGCUGGAAGAAUCUGGCUGAUACCACAUGGCCAGAGCAAGGAUUAACAUGACUUUUCAGACAGCCCCUGUGCCAAGUUAUAUAUGUUCUACACUAUGUUGUCCAUAGGAUGUCUGCUCUGUGGUUUAUGGAGACGCUGUGGUGCUAUUGGGGAGGGUAAUGUUUGUGUAUCCAUGUGCAGGGUCUGUACCUGCGGUAAGCAACACAUUUUUUCUGUGUUAGUUUGAUUUUAUUCCAAAUACAAUUUUUAUAAAGUGCUUUCCCA